AUUGCUCACUCUUUGAAUUAAUUGAACUCGACUGGACUCCGAGAAAGAAUAUUUGUUUGAAAUAGGAUAAAGAAUUAGACAAUAUGGCUGCAGUCGAUCUACCAAAGAAGUACAAGGCGGCUGUGUACGACAAGCCGGGGUCCAUCUCGACGAAGAUUGAGGAGUUGGACAUGCCGGAGCCGGGACCUGGAGAGGUGUUGAUUAAUCUCACUCACUCUGGCGUGUGCCACUCCGACAUGGGCGUGAUGAUGAAUUCCUGGUCCAUCCUGCCCUUCCCCACACAAGCAGGUCAAGUAGGCGGCCACGAGGGCGUCGGUAAAAUCGUAAAGCUGGGCCCUGGAGCAGAAAAUGCAUCCGUCAAGAUUGGCGAUCGCGUGGGAAUCAAGUGGAUGGCUAGCAUCUGUCUGAACUGCGAGGCCUGCAGAGCAGGCAUGGAUGGCAACUGCUUCAACGGCAAAAUCUCGGGAUACUACACCCCAGGAACGUUUCAGCAAUACGUGCUCAGUCCCGCUAACUACGUCACACCCAUCCCCGACGGCCUCGACUCUGCCGCCGCCGCUCCCCUCCUCUGCGCCGGUGUGACCGUCUACUCUGCCCUGCGCAAAGCCAACGCAGAAUCCGGUAAAUGGGUCAUCAUCAGCGGCGCGGGCGGCGGCCUGGGCCAUCUCGCCGUGCAACUCUCGUCCAAGGGAAUCGGCCACCGCGUCAUUGGAAUCGACCACAGCAGCAAAAAAGACCUCGUUAUGGAGAGUGGCGCGGAGCACUUCAUCCCCGUUGACGGCACGGAGGACAUGGUCGCUGCUGUGCAGGGCCUCACCGAAGGACUCGGCGCACACGCAGUUGUCGUGUGCACAGCCAACAACGCCGCCUAUGGCAAUUCGCUAGAUUUGUUGAGAUUUGGGGGCAGAGUGGUAUGCGUGGGCAUCCCCGAGGGCGAUGUCGUGCCCAUGAAAUGUGCGAGUCCGGGCUUGAUGGUGUUGAAGUCGCUGCAGAUUGUAGGGUCGGCGGUGGGUGAUCGACGAGAAGCGAUUGAGACGAUGGACUUUGCGAAGAGGGGGAUUAUCAAGACGCAUUUUAGGACGGAGAAGAUGGAGAAGUUGACGAGUAUUUUUGAGGAGAUGCAUAAGGGAGAACUUAAGGGGCGAGUUGUGUUGGAUCUGUCGUAGAUGUGAUAUAAGGAGAGAGAGUUAAUAACAUAUCUAUGC